AGGAGAGCCAGUGAUUUGCAAGAAUGAAGAGACUCUCCAUCCUGGCGCUUCUCCUCUGGAUCUGCUCUGUGUUCUAUGUGGGUAUUUUCCUUUUCGUGGGCGGCUUCCUCCUGGUACGGCUGGAGGUGAACCGGACCAGCACCUGCGAGGACGUCCUGCUUCCAGGAGCCGAGCGGACGCCAGAUCUCUGUCCGAAAGAGCCGCGCUUUCGCAGGGCCGUCGUCCUCAUCGUGGACGCCCUGAAGGCCGACUUCACCCGCUACGACCCGGGGAACCCGUCGCCCAGAGCGUUCGAGAACAAGCUGCCCGUGCUGGAUGAGAUGACCACGUCGCGGCCGUCCCAGUCCAGGCUGUUCACCUUCAGAGCGGAUCCACCCACCACCACCAUGCAGAGGAUCAAGGGUUUCACCACCGGAUCCCUGCCCACCUUCAUCGACGUGGGGAACAACUUCGCCUCGAGCGCCGUGCUGGAGGAUAAUCUGGUGCACCAGCUUGGGCAGGCAGGUAAGCGAGUGGUCUUUAUGGGCGACGACACCUGGGACAGUCUCUUCCCCAAGAAGUUCCACCGCUCCCUUCCGUUCCCCUCCUUUAACGUGAAGGACCUGCACACCGUGGACAACGGAAUCCUGCAGAACAUCUUCCCAACCAUGGAGGGAGACGACUGGGAUGUGCUGAUCGCUCACUUCCUGGGAGUCGAUCACUGCGGGCACAGGUUCGGCCCCGACCAUCCCGCCAUGGCCGAGAAGCUCACGCAGAUGGACGGAGUCAUCAGAUCAGUGAUCGAUCACCUGCAGAACGACACCCUGCUGUUGGUGAUGGGGGAUCACGGCAUGACGGACACUGGCGAUCACGGAGGAGAGAGUCAGAAGGAGACCGAUGCUGGGCUGUUCCUUUACAGCGGCUCCCCGGUGUUCCCCGAACCCGGUUCCCAGGUGGAACCGGAGGUCGUGCCUCAGACCGAUCUGGUACCUACACUGGCUCUGCUGCUUGGGGUUCCCAUCCCGUACAGUAACGUGGGUCAAGUUCUACUGCCCCUUUUCCCUCUCAGCAGCUCCACGGGUGCACCUACAGGUCUCAGCCAGGUGGAGGCGCUGUGGAUCAACGUCAAACAGGUAAACCGCUUCCUGGAGACCUACUCGGCGAUGGCCAACGACAUCCCGGGUGACAGUCUAUCCCGCCUGCGCGCUCACUUCUCCCGGCUGUCGUCUCAGUACCUGAGUUCAGCACACGAUGGCGCUCCCGCCCCUCCUGAACUUACUGCCUCCAUGCAGGAGUACCUAACGUCCGUCAGGGAGACGUGCCGCGCCUCGUGGGCGCGCUUUAACCCUCUGAAGAUGGUGGCCGGUCUGCUCAUCCUGGGCGUCGCGUGCGUCCUGUGCUACGUCGUCUCCGAACUGUCCUACGCGGUCCUCCAGGACGCCGUGCUGAAGACUCCUGUGCUUGCCGGGCUGGCGAUGGGUGGUGCCCUAGCCGCGGGUCAGAUUCUCUCCUCGGGCCGCGUGGAGCCGUCGUGGUGUCUGGGUGCCGCAGCGAUGUUUUCCGAAGCGCUUUUCCUGUGGAGGGCUCGGAAAGUGUGCCCACGUGGCAAGGUGUCUCCUUGGCACCUCUUGGCUCCGCCGCUGCUCAUCCUGCUCCUGCGCUGCGCCUCGUUGCUGUCGGAUAGCUACGUCAUUUACGAAGGGCAAGUCGUUACGUUCUUGCUCUUCACGUUGGGUCUGUACGUCCCACUUCGCCUCAACUGGGACGGAUCGCUGGCGCCCGCACCCCCCCCAGAUGCUCAGAAGCCUCCUGGGAUCACGGCGCCGCCUUUGCUGCCGAGCUCCGUAGUCCGACGGGAGAGCGGCGCCCUGCUUGUUUGCGUGGGCAUCCUGUCCGGGAGCCUCUAUCUGUCCUCAUCGUUUCACAGCUGCAGGGAGGAACAGGGCGCCUGCCAGCCCUCGCCCUUCCUGACGGCACUUUCCAGGCUUCAGGACAGCCGUAUGCGCAACUUGCACUACGCCCUCUCCCUGGCGUCGCUUUCCGCGUGGGCGUUUCUGCUACACCGCUGGUUGAGGCACUACGGAAACCUGAACUGCGCCAGCGUGGCCGUGUUCACGGCGCGCUUCCUGCUUCCCCUGGCGUCCGUCUGCACGGGCCUGCACUGGGCGGUCAGCGCCACCCCUGAGGACACCUUCAGGAACCUGGCAGAGCUGAUCAGCCUAGCGCAGGUCGUCCUGCCGCGCCUCACUUUCGGACUCCUGGGCCUCGGCGUGCUGCUGCUCUGGCUCGACCCGCUCAUGGUGUUUCUGCAAACGCGGGCGCCCACGAAUUCCCGCAGUACCGCUGUUCCCGCUCCGAGGUACCGAGCCAGCACCGGGAUCAGCCCACAAGCCGAGCUUCACCACCUCAUACCGCAGUUGUACCAGCGCAUACGCAGAUCUCUGGAGGACGGAGGGGCCGAAGCGGCCAGGGCGGACGACCGGCCCGCCGUGGAGGCGUACGGUCUGGGGACCGUCUACUCGGCCCCCCUGGUGAUGCUGUGCGGACUGAUGGGUCUCGGGCUGCUCCUGCUGCACUCGGAGGGCAUCGCACUGGUGUUCCUGUUGCUGUUACUGCAGGCCGGAGCGAUUCUGCACGUCCACGCUGCGUCCAGCACCCUGUCCAACCAGUCCAACCAAACCAGUGGGUUUAGCGUCCCGUGGGUUCCGGUGGUUUUAUGGUCUCUGGCUGCCUCUCAGUUCUUCCAUGCCACGGGUCACCUCCCGACCUUCCCGUCCAUCCAGUGGGGCUCUGCGUUCGUGGGCUUCCCUCAGGGCCACACGGGCACCGUGCUGCCCGCCUCGCUCGUCACCCUGAAUACCUUCGCCUCACACAUCAUGUUUGCAGUCAGCUGCCCGUUGCUGCUCUUAUGGCCGUUCGUCCGCGAGCAGCGCGGGACUCGGACCGGCCGCUUGGCCGGAGGAGAGGAUGGGGACGAGGUUGCCAUGGAGAUGCGGCUGCAAGAGAACCCGCAGCACUUCGGUUCGGCUUUACUGCAGCUGGCGGCGCGUUACCUGUUCGUUUCCGGUGCACAGGUCCUGGCGUCAGUGUGCGCUGCGGCCAUCCUGAGGAGGCACCUCAUGGUGUGGAAAGUAUUCGCACCCAAGUUGAUGUUCGAGGCCAGCGGGUUUGUCGUGGGCAGCGUCUUCGUCCUGGUCGGGGUCGCCCUGGUUUUAAGAACCGAUGUAGCCGUGGCUCGACUAUUUCACAAACUCCGCCUGGAAAAUUCCAGGUAGCGUUAGGGACGCGUUCCUAUCGCUUUCCUUUAACACGCUUUCAUCCUUCACGAAGGAGAACAUGUUGACGAGGUCAUCGUCUCGUACACGACUACCAACAGGAUGGACACACAUACGCCAGCUGACUCGACUGGUCCGGAUCAAAGAGGUGUUACUGGUCUCAGUCGGGUCGUUAUUUUGCUAAGUAGCACACUGAGCCGCGCGGGCACGGACGUUUUCAUACCGGGUUCGAAUCAUCUGAGCCGGACCUGAAAUCAAUUCUGGGCUGUUUUUUUGGUAGGUUUGCGUUUACUCAACUGCUGUGUCUGAUGUGCAAGCAAUGCUCAGCCAGAAUCAGUUCCUGCUCAGUCUGUUAGUAUUAUUAUUAUAAUAAAUGUGUUACCAUUAUUACCAGCAUCAGCUGUGCUGUGCAGGACUAACAUCCAAUACUGACUUUUUUUUAAUAGGCUGUAACUAUUUAUUCCGUUUUUCUUUGUUUCUACUGAAUGAAAUGUGAUUUUUUGUAUCUGAUGAGAUGAAUGGGUGAAGGGGGAAUGAGAUUGAUUGCUGUACUGUAAGUGUGUUAC